CCAAAAGCUAUAGCGGCGCCGGCCACGCAUAUAUACACGGUGGGUGAUGCACCGAUGUGGUCGAUCCAGGCAGCGAUCGCUAGGCACCAAGCCGGUCUCACCGCGAGCGAGCUCGUCGUCAUGGAGGAGAGCACUGGUCAGGCCGCGGCGGCGGCCAGCGACGUGGCGCCUGGGGCCGGAGGCGCGGAGGCCGCGGGCGGGAUGAAGGUGGUGGUGGCGGUGGACGCGAGCGAGGAGAGCCUGCACGCGCUGUCGUGGGCGCUCGACAACGUCGUCCGCCUCCACCCCGGCGCGUCCGUCGCCGUCGUCCACGCCCAGCACAGCGUCGACCACUUCGUCUACCCCGUCGCCGCCCACGCAGGCCUGGCCUACGCCCCGCCGACGGCGUUGGACUCCAUGCGGAGGGCGCAGGAGGAGAACUCCCGGAGGGCGGUGGCCCGCGCGCUGGACGUGUGCAGGCAGAAGCAGGCGAGCGCCACGGCGGCGGUGGUGGAGGGCGACCCCAAGGAGGCCAUCUGCGAGGCCGUGGAGGAGAUGCGCGCCGACCUGCUCGUCCUCGGCAGCCGCGGCCUCGGCAUGGUCAAGAGGGCGUUGCUGGGCAGCGUGAGCGACUACCUCGCCCAUCACGCGUGCUGCCCCGUCCUCAUCGUCAAGCCGCCCAACAAGGCGCACCACAAGUGAAGUGAAAGAAGCUCUACACAGGCUACGUCGUUUUUGGGUCGUUUGUCAACUAGUACUAGUAGCACUGGCAGCUUCAGUGCCCCGUAAAGGCACCUGCCUUUGGGUCCCUGACAUGUCGGCCCACAUGUCAUAGGCACAAAGGCAAGUGCUUCCAAUAAAGAUAUAGUGAUGCAGCUCCCGUGUAGCCGUGUAGUAUGUUCGGUAGGCAAGCAUCCCCGUUAUAUCAUGUGUAACAUGUUCAGAAGUUCAAUCUCAAUCAUGAAGUUCUCCCAGGAA